UCACCUAUUCAUUUAAACUACACAUUUCUUAAAACGUAAUAAACAAUAUAUUUCUACAUGGCGUUACUUAGUUCAGAGCAUUCAGAGACUCGUCUUUUAAUUCGGGUCUUUGAAACAGUUUAAAAGAGUCGACUCGCAAAAACGAGUCAGAUUCUAUCACCAUAUUCUAAGGAAGGCGAACUGGUGCAGAUGGCAGCGAAUGGACAGUAGACUUUAGACUGUCAGAAAUGGAUUGUCAGGAAAAGGUGGAGGUGCCCGUCUACACCGAUGUGGACAGAGAGACUUUUCUGAGGGACAUAUACCCAUUGCGUAGUCCAGCGGUUCUGAAGCGCGUGCCCCUGGGGCCGUGUGUGCGCGAGUGGACGGUGAGUUAUCUCGCGCAAAAGGGGGGAGACCGUGAGGUCAAAGUGCAUGUGUCCCCAGAGACCAGAAUGGACUUUCUGCAUAAGAACUUCGUGUACAGGACACUGCCAUUUGACAAGUUUAUUCAGAGAGCUGCAGAGGCAAAGCACUCAGAUUUCUUCAUUAGUGAGGAUGAAAGCUAUUACUUGCGCUCACUUGGAGAAGAUGUUCGCAAGGAACCUGCUGAUUUAAGAAAGCAGUUCCCUGAGCUGGCAGAGGAUUUCCAUAUACCCCAGUUCUUUGAGCCGGAGCAGUUUUUCUCCAGUGUCUUUCGUAUCAGUUCCCCUGGUCUGCAGUUGUGGACACACUAUGAUGUAAUGGACAACCUUCUAGCUCAGGUUACAGGAAGAAAGCGUGUUGUUCUCUACAGCCCCAAAGAUGCCCUCCAUCUCUACCUCACAGGUGACAAAUCUGAAGUUUUGGACAUUGACACUCCUGAUUUGCAACUUUAUCCUGAGUUUGUGAAAGCGUGUCGUUACGAGUGUGUUCUAGAACCAGGAGACCUGCUCUUCAUUCCAGCUCUUUGGUUUCACAAUACCCUGGCUCUCGAGUUUGGAGUUGGUGUCAAUGUGUUUUGGAAGCAUCUGCCAUCUGAUAGUUACGAUAAGAAAGAUCCAUAUGGAAACAAAGACCCAGUAGCAGCUACUCGAGCCCUACAGUCACUAGAGAGGACUCUUGGCAUCUUGGAAGAGCUGCCAACUGAUUAUCGGGAUUUUUAUGCUCGUCGUAUGGUGCUGCGGAUUCAAAACCGGGCGUACUGUAUGCAGACAGCACAAAGAAAUUCUAACACAACAUAGAUCUCUCACUCAUCCAGACUGAAAAUGGAAAAAAAAGGAGAUGGAAACCUUUUCUGUAUUGUUUUACAUUUAAAAUAGAUAGCAAUGUGUGAUGAAUGAAGCAUUCAAAGAAAAAAAAAAACAAAAGAGGUAUCUCUUCACCCACCAACUUUCCAUACUCUUGCACACAGACUAACAAAGUCUCUGUCCCGCAGUUACAAUUUCUUUGUUAUGAUUUUAAAAUGUAAGGUUUAAUUGAGUUUGUCAAUUUGGUAAUUAUUUAUCAUGACUAGAAUGUCACAGUGCUUAUUUAUGGUAACUGUUGUAACCAGGUUAAGCUGCACAUAUUAACUAUUUUUGUCAGAUUCAGUUAGUGGUCAACCGAUAUAUUGGCUGAUAUUUCAAAUAUCGCCAUUGCCCAAUAAGUGUUUUAUUAAUUAAAAUAAAUUUAUAAAAUAUAUAAUUAUACAUUAUAAUUAGAAUAAUAUAUAUACGUGUGUGUGGGCUUUAUAUCGACCACUAAAUUUAGUAAUAUUUUGCUCCUUUUGAGGUAGUUACUUGACAGUGUUGACAAUCUAGAUAAGUCUUGAAAAACUACCUGGACAUAAUGCUUUGUACUAUAUUGUAAUGUUCCACAAUGCGUAGGCAACUGUAUAUUGUGACAUAUAGUCUAUAUCCAGGUAUUAUAUCAUGAGGUAGCCAGCAAUACCCAGUAUAGGCUACAUUGUCAGUAUACAAUAAAGUCCUGUCCUGUAAUAUUCACCACUUCAAUCUCUAAAUACUGAUAAAUGGUUACAAUGUUUUUUUUUUUUUUUUUCCCCAGUGCAGUAGGCCUACAUUUUCUUUAAAAUAAAGCUAUGCCAUAA